CUAAACAGCCCACAGCUUAGUGCCCAUAUUAGAGACUUUGGGGAUGUCUCGUCACGUGCAUGCCGGAGACGCGGAGGCGCGUGAGCCGCUUCUCAGCGGUGACUACCUGGAGCCACACGAGCUGGACUCAGAUGAAGGUGUGGGGCUGUUGGUUGGACAAAACAAGACAUAUGGAGUUGCCGUUUCCUUGGACUCAAGAAAUUGUAAUGGGUGAAGUCAUUUUCGACAGGGGCGCAUCAAACAUCAGACGUGAUGCUGGUGGGAGUGCGCAGAGAAGAUUGACGUAUGAGGAAGCAGUAGAGGAAGCAGGUUUUGGUUUGUUCCACUGGCUGCUGUUGGUGGUGUGUGGUUGGGCCAAUGCCAGCGACGCUGUGGAGAUUUUCUGUGUGUCUUUUCUCCUGCCAACGGCGCGCUGCGAUCUGCUGCUGAGCUCUUCAGACAUGGGCCUGCUGACUGCCAGCAUUUUCCUCGGAAUGAUGGUGGGCGGCUACAUGUGGGGAUACUUGGCUGACCGGAGGGGGCGUCGCAGGGUCUUGGUCGUGUCCCUGACAGUCAACGGGCUGUUUGGAGGUCUGGCCAGCGUGGCUCCGUGGUUCUGGCUCUUCCUGCUGCUGCGGUUCAUCAGUGGCAUCGGGGUCGGUGGGUCGAUCCCUGUUAUCUUCUCCUACUUCUCAGAGUUUAUGCCUCGUUGGAGGAGAGGUGCAAUGAUCAGCGCUCUGGCCACCUUCUGGAUGGCAGGAAACAUCCUGGCUGCAGGUCUUGCCUGGUUGGUGAUUCCAAGAACCUGGGUACACUUUUCUCUGGGAUCACUGGACUUCCAGAGCUGGAGACUGUUUGUGGUGCUCUGCUCUGUUCCCAGCCUCACUUCGGCCCUCCUCUUCAGGCUGCUCUUGCCUGAAAGCCCCAAGUUCCUCAUGGAGGCUGCCCGGGAGAAGGAGGCGAUCCACGUCUUCCAAGUGAUGUUUGAGCUGAACAUGUGGGGAAAAGGAAAGGAUUUCCCGGAAUUUGGUUUGUGUACCAGCCCCAAGCAAAGAGAGGAACCGGAGGAGACCAGAACUCUGGGUUCACGUAAAGAGAGACUUGCUUGUAUUUUGAAAAAGGGCUUGGUUCCCAUUAAACAGAUGUUUAAUGGUCCUCUCAAAUCCAGGAGCAUCGUUCUGCUCAUCAUCUUCUACAGCAUCUCCUUCGGUUACUACGGGCUGUGGAUGUGGUUCCCGGAGCUGUUUGAGAGAAUUGAGAACGGCGGCUCGCCGUGUGCCAACGUGUCCCUCCCGUCUCCACUCCACAACCAAAGCUGCUACCCGGUCAAAACAGCAGUGUAUAUGGAGGGCUUCAUCAUUGCUGCAUCAAACUUACCGGGAAACAUCUUCACCAUUCUUAUGAUAGACAGCACAGGAGGAAAGGCUUUACUGUCCUUCAGUCUGCUGGUGUCCAGUCUGAGCGUCUUCCUCAUCUAUGUGGUCCAGACCAAAGCCCAGAGUGUGGCCCUCUCCUGUGUCUUCAGCGGCGUGUCAGUGAUAGCCUGGAACGCCCUGGAUGUGUUGGGGACAGAGCUCUAUCCCACCCACCUACGGUCAUCUGCUCUCGGUUUCUUCACAGGAGUGGGCCGAGUGGCAGCGAUCAUGGGUAACAUAGCCUUUGGAAAGUUGGUGGACACAAACUGUGCCGUACCGGUCCUGCUGGUGUCGGCUCUGCUGCUGACUGGAGGACUGGUGGCUCUUCUGCUUCCACAAACCAGGCAGACUGAGCUCACCUGAUGGCUCAGACUCUAAAUCACAUUAAUUUAAAUUAAUAAAUUAUUAGCAAUCAUUCUCUUAAUGUCCUUAUGGAAGCAGACUGGAGGAUUGCUGACUUUUGUAUUUCCUGUUUCUGCUCCCAGAGGAUUUUUGAAUCCUGUGCCUUCUGUCAUCUCUCUGUGCCUUUUAUGGUGCCUCAUUUAAAAUGCCAACAACAAGAGAAAUUGUCAAAAGACAGUGGGCUCUCUCCACCUUCCAAGAAUUAUUAUUCAGGAAAGUGAGUAGGAAGAAAGAGAAGUAUAUACCACAGUAUAUAUUGUGAGCUUGUGAGGAUUAAAAUCCUUACCAGACGUGAGUAUGAAUCGUCAAGGACACCUUUAAAACGUUUCAGUCUCUAAACUCUAAAACAUAUCUUCUAAAUUAAAAAAAAGUGAACAUGAUGUUGAGUUUCUGGAGUAUAAUCAGUGAUUGGAUUAGAGGCUGAUGUGCGCCUCAUAUAUAUAAAAGUGUCCUUGUUUAUGUCACCUUGAACUCAAAAGGAUCUCGUAGGAUGUUUCAGGCUUUUACGUGGCGUGUCUGAUUAUCUGGUUCACAGACCUGCACAGCCAUUACGUAAUAUAUUAGCAAAUAUCUGAUCUAAAAAAAAAAAAAUCACAAGUGUCCUUUUUUUUUAAAAACUUCAAAUCAUGUGUGCAUCUAUGCAAUUCAGGAUCAUUUUCACUGUAAAAGUGGAUAAUUCUGUACCCAAUCUGUCAUUUUCCUGCUCAAACUGGACCACACCAGUUCAGCAUUCCUGUAGAAAACCAAAGAUUGCUAAUUUCACAUCACAAUCAUUGUAAAAGGACCAGAACAGGUACAGAAGAACAAACCUUUACAUCAGCCUGAGUGACCACGUUGCUGAUGGUUUCAUAUUCCCAUCAGUGAUUCUGUAAAGCUGUCUGUUUCAGACAGCGUUCAAAAUACUUUGUGACUACUGAAGCAGUUUGUUUGUUUUUUAAAUAAACACUACUUUUGUUCAUCUCA